AUGGUACCGUUGACCUCUGUCAAGAACAAAACUAAGAACAAUAUCAAUGGGGAAAAAGGAGGUAAGGAAGAUUUGUCGAAGUUUAAGUGUAAUAAGUUUUCCUCGGCGGACAUUGCGUCACAUGCUCGAAUGGUAUCAGCGGUUGUCGAUAUGGCUGCGUUGAGGGCGGGUAAGAAGAACAGACAGCGCACAACCUUGUCAACGAAACGGAAGCACUGGCUUAUGGGCUUGAUCAUCCUUCUCAUUGUCAUGGGGGCUAACGGGUUGAUUGCUGGUGUGCUCAUCUGGACCGAGCAAAUGAAGGCACUGAUGAUUUUGACUUUUGUUCUGGUGGAAAUGGCUCUAUGUCAGCAAAUCUUGUCUUUCCUGUUCUAUCUGUUCUACACAGAGCACAUGAUAACGGCCAGCGAGCAGAGUAUGAGCCGGAAUUGGACAAAACUUCUCAGUGGAACUCUUUUCAUCACCACCAUCGUGUGUCUAUAUACCGGUGCGCUAACCACAUAUUGGAUGACGAAUUCGAUCGACAGUUCUUUGCCGGGAAAUGGUACCUAUGUCCUCAACAACACGGUGAUAGCCUAUCAGGGACCGGUUGAGAGCGAGAUCGACAGCAUG